AUGAAUAAUUCAGCAAACCGUACAACUGGGUUUUUGUAUGCUGAGCCAAGUAAUUUUGGAUGGUUUUUCGUUAUCACGGGUAUAAUUGGCUGCGCGGGUAGUUUGAUAUGUCUAUAUAUUUUAGCCAUCAAACGAACUACUUCUUACUCUUCAACGGACCCACUCUUCAUCAGUCUUUCGGGAACUAGUUUGUGUAUCAGCCUAUUAGCUGCUCCCUGGAACGCAUACAGCACCAUCGUGGGUUAUCCUAAUUUCCUCGCCAGCGCUCAGUUUAUCCCCUUAUGCCGUCUGAUCGGCUUCAGUACGCUUCUAGUUACCAACGCAUCCCCGUUGGCCCACGUCUCCCUGGCUCUUAACCGUUUUGUCGUUGUCAUCUGCAAAUGGAACCAUCUAGUCCACACCCGCAGGAUGAUUGUCCUCUUCGUGCUCAUUCCCUGGACUCUCUCCCUACUCUUCGCCAUCUGGCCGGUAUUUGGUAUUGCCGGGGAUUAUGCAUAUAACCCCAGUAACAACCGGUGCAAUAUGGCGGGAAUCGCAUACUCUAUCCGCUAUCACAUCUUCAUCCGGACUGCCGCGCCCAUUUUUAAUACCGCCGUAUUGCUUAUUUGUUAUUUGGCGGUAUACGCCAAGGUCAUCCUGACAAGACGACGCAUUGAGCAUCACGAUCCUGCUGGACAAACGAGGAGAAUCCGGCAGCGGAAACUGGAAUCUCAUGUGACAGCUGUAGCGCUUUAUUCGUGUUUGACCUUUGUGCUGACCAACUUCCCAAUCGAUUUGUUUAGCCUGGUGAACAAAAAUCCCAUUCUGUAUGGAACCACGUCGUCCUCUAUUUCCAUGCUGCCAUGGUUAGGUUAG